AUGCCCGUCAGUGCGAUAGAUUCCUUCCUUUUCAGAGAUCUCUUCGGAACACAAGCAAUCCGAGACAUUUUCGAAGACCAGCAAUACGUUCGAUAUUGUCUAGUAGUAGAAGCAGCGUUAGCUCGUGCACAGGCACAAUGCGGUGUCAUCCCAGAACAAGCAGCACGCGAAAUCUCAAGAACUGCAGCCGAACUGGAACUAGACCACGAUCGACUCGCCAAAGAAACAGAAAUCGUAGGCUAUCCCAUCCUCCCUCUAGUCCGCCAGCUCUCAGCAGCAUGUGGUGAAGAAGCCGGAGCAUACGUGCACUGGGGAGCCACAACCCAAGACAUCCAAGACACAGCAUCAAUGCUCCAGAUAAAAUCCGGUCUCGUCCUCAUCGAAGAAAAACUCCGAACCAUCAUCAAAACCCUCUCCUCCCUAUCCUCAAAUCACAAAAACACCCCCAUGCCAGGCCGAACCCAUCUCCAACACGCCCUACCCGUGACUUUCGGCUACAAAUGCGCCGUCUACCUCUCCUCCCUCCACCGCCACCUCGAACGCCUCGACCAACUCAAACCCCGCUGCCUCCUCGUCCAAUUCGGCGGCGCAGCAGGAACCCUCGCAUCUCUCGGCCCAGACCCCGAAACCUCACUAUCCGUCCGCUCCUCUCUCGCCAAAAUCCUAAAUCUCAAAGAUCCACAUAUAACCUGGCACAGCGCGCGCGACGGCAUCGCAGAAAUCCUCUCGUUCCUAGCGCUCGUGGGCGGAACGUUGGGAAAAAUCGCCACAGAUAUGAUUUUCAUGUCCGCGAACGAAGUUUCGGAAAUCAGGGAACCUUUCGUUCCUCACCGGGGAGCGAGUUCUACAAUGCCUCAGAAACGGAACCCGAUUUCUAGUGAGAUCAUCCUAGCUUCGGCGAAAAUUUUAAGGAAUACUGCGAGUCUGGGUUUCGAUGCUAUGCUGACGGAUUUCGAGAGGGCGACGGGGCCUUGGCAUUUGGAAUGGGCUGCUGUGCCGGAAGCUUUUGUGGUUGCUGUGGGAGCUUUAGCGCAGACUGAUUUUGCGCUUUCGGGACUUGUGGUUAAUACUGAUGCUAUGAAGAGGAAUUUGGAAUCUACGCGCGGACUGAUUGUGGCUGAGGCUGUGAUGAUGGAAUUGGCGAAGUCGGUGGGGAGACAGAAGGCUCAUGAGAUUGUGUAUGAGAGUUGUAAGGAGACGAUUGAAGGGGAAGAUGGCAAGAGGACGUUGUGUGAUGUUUUGGUUGAGAAGGAGGAGGUUGUGAAGGUUUUGGAGAGGGAGAGGAUUGAGGAGUUGUGUACGCCGACGAAUUAUUUGGGUGCAGCAGAGGCGAUGGUUGAGCAGGUUUUGGCGUUGAAUCAGAGGUUUGGGUUGUAG